GGCCCCAUUAUCCUCCUUUUCCCAAAUCCCAAACUGCUUCGUCCUCCGCCCUAUCUAGGGUUUUCAAGACAAACUAGGGUUUCUCAAAAUCGAGCCAGAGAGGGGAAAAAAUGGGAAGGUACCAUAGCCGUAGCCCUAGCUACAGCCCUCCUCGGAGAAAGCGCUACGACGACCCGCGACCCUACCGCUCCUCCGCCCCCUCCGGCCUCCUCGUACGCAACAUCUCUCUCGAUGCGAGGCCUGAGGACCUUAGGGUUCCGUUUGAGAGGUUUGGCCCCGUGAAGGAUGUUUAUCUGCCGAAGAAUUACUACACUGGGGAGCCUCGAGGCUUUGGAUUUGUGAAGUUCCGUUAUCCUGAUGAUGCAGCAGAAGCCAAAGAGCACAUGAACCAUCAAGUUAUAGGCGGACGUGAAAUUUCAAUAGUAUUUGCUGAAGAAAAUAGGAAAACACCACAAGAAAUGCGCACGACUGCUAGGGUUAGUGAUAGAUACAUGGGAGGAAGUUCUAGGAGGAGAUCUCCAAGGCGCCAAUAUCAUUCUUAUUCACGUUCUCCUUCUCCACCGCCAAGGCGUGACUUAAGGGAUCGGUAUGGGAGCAGAUAUGAUGAUGAUUAUUAUUCUCCUAGGAGGUCUAUCUCCCCAUCUCCUCGAGAUAGGAACUACAGGUCAUAUAGCCGAUCUCCAAGUCCUGAGAGGACAGGUCGAAGCCCAUCCAGGUCUCAUUCGUACAGAUCAAAUCGACGUUCUCCAAGUCCUGAGGGAAAUGGCUGAGGCCUCUCAAGGUCUCGUUCUUGCAGUCACUGAUGCCUUGGUUUUGUGCUGGAAGCUGUCUGCAUCAGUCGGGAAAAUCUAUAUGGUUAUUUGGUUGGGUUCUAACAUCUUGUAUUGUGUCUGGAUGGAUUCUGAAAUGCCUAGUUCUGAACUUCUUUAGGGAAGCUUAUGAUCGUCUUUGUUCGAAUUUUAUCUCCUUCUGUUUGUGCCUGGCAAUGCCCGAUGGUUGGGCCUUAUGGGUAAGGGCUAAGAGAUUCUGCGUCGCGUGUGAACUAGUUGGAAUCCUCAAGAAUACUGUAUCAGCAUUUCUUUACCUUUUGUGUAUACGCCUAGCCAAUUGCUUGCUAUAUCUUAAAUGCUACGUGAUUGUAGGCUAUUACUUAUCCUAGGUAUUUGCUGAUUGAAGUUAACUCGUUGGCUUUA